AUGGCCGGAGCAAUAAAGAAAGCCUACGACAAAGCAUAUGACAUCGCCUCUGAAUUCACGAGAGACCAUCCCGUCCUUGCCGCAGCGAUACUUACCCUUGUGGCUAUUGGGAUCCUUGUCUAUCUUGCACCAUGGGUCAUCGAGGCCUUGGGGUUUGGAGAGCUCGGACCUAUUGAAGGUUCAUUUGCGGCUUUUUGGCAAUCAACAUUCCCCGACGUCGAGGCUGGAUCGUGGUUUGCGUGGUUCCAGAGGCUCGGAAUGAAAUGGGGGAAGCAAGCGUAG